CAGGAUCGCAGGUUCGUCGUAAAAGCCUCGGCAGAGAUGCCCAAGGCGACGCCGAAGAACACGAAGCUGCCCAAGAUACCCAAGAAGAAUGCGGGUGCGUUGGCAAAGGUGGCAGGCACGAACAGGCCAGCAGGAGCAGACAGCCCAGCCUCUGCGACAGCGUCAACAUCGGGUUCGCCUGCACCCUCUGAGGGAUCAAAUCAGUCUAGCACGCCUGCAAGCGCGGCAGGCAACGUCAACAGGAAGCGCAAGAACAUUCAUGAGCCGUUGGCGGUCGUGGCGAGCCAGCGCGCGGCUGCAGAAGCCGUCGCUGGACAAGUCGAACAUUUCCCCGUCACUUCCUCUUCGAAUGCACCAGAGGGCUCGCCGACUAAGAAGCGCAAGCACUCGCCUUCUGUUGCUUCUGCUCGACGUCAGCUCGCGGGCGCAGACUCGGACGGCUCGAGCGAUCUCUCUGCGGUCGAUAGCCCGGUAUUGAAGUCGCGGUUCUCAGAGCCAAGGCUGGAUACGCCUGCUUCCGAUGUAUCUAGGACGUCCACACCCGCGUCUGCACAGGAGAUCCUUGUGCCGAGUCUACCCGUGCAGGUGAUUGCUUCUGCAGGCAAACAGCCAAGUCGUGCAGAGCCUGCCGGUCCCAUCGUCUCCUCUUCUUCAAAGACGAGCACGACGACGGCGAGCGGAGCCCAAGUGACGCAAGCUUCUACAAAGACUACACCGGCUGCUUCCAUAGUCAAAGGAGCUGGCUUGGAGAAUCUGGCACGACAGGAGCAGCUCAAGUUGCAGCUUGCCAAGUCCACAGAAGAGGACGAGAAGCGGAAUCUGUCUGGCUUGGCUGCGGGAUUGGCAAUCGAUGUCAAUGAUCUCACUACUCGAGCUGUGGCCCAAGAGAGACCUGCUUUGGUCGAGGAGCGACACAAUGUCAUACGCUUUGUCUGCGUGUCCAACAGUCAACCGACUCCGACAGCCCUGAUCCUGCUCACAGGCGCCAAGAACAUCUUCCAGCGUCAGUUACCCAAGAUGCCUCGAGAGUAUAUAGCAAGGCUCGUCUUUGAUCGCAACCACUGGAGCCUCGUCAUCGUCAAGCGAGGUCUCCAAGUCGUAGGCGGUAUCACUUUCCGACCUUUCGAGCAGAGAGGUUUUGCAGAGAUCGUCUUUUGCGCCAUCACCGGCACGGAGCAAGUCAAAGGUUACGGAUCGCACCUGAUGAACCAUCUCAAGGAUUAUACCAAGAAGACAUUUCCGAGCGUCACCCACUUUCUCACUUAUGCGGACAAUUAUGCGAUCGGAUACUUUAAGAAGCAGGGAUUCUCGAAGGACAUCGAGCUCGAUCGCUCGGUAUGGGCGGGUUAUAUCAAGGAUUACGAGGGCGGAACGAUCAUGGAGUGCAAUAUGCUAGAUAGGAUCCAGUAUCUCGACGUGCAGAAUAUACUCGCAAAACAAAAAGAGGCCGUCCUGGCCAAGAUCAGACUGAUCUCUCGCUCACAUAUUGUGCAUCGAGGGGCGGACCUGUUCCAAAAUGGCGCUACUUCGAUCGACUAUCGGAGUGUGCCAGGACUACGCGAUAUUGGCUGGACGCCGGAGAUGGACGUCUUAACACGUCGACCGCAACGAGGACCGCAUCAUAACACGAUGCAGCGACUCUUGACGGAUAUGCAAAACCAUGCAGCUGCGUGGGCGUUCGCCAGGCCGGUCAACAAAGACGAAGUGACGGAUUACUACUCGGUCGUCACUCAUCCGAUGGAUCUCGAAACCAUGGAGGUCAAGCUCGAUGCAAAUCAGUACAAAGAGCUGCCAGAGUUUCUCGGAGACGCACAGCUCAUCUUUGACAAUUGUCGCUCGUACAACUCAGAAUCGAGCAACUACACAAAGAAUGCCAACCGGUUGCAAGCCUUUCUCGCAGAACGAGUGCAAGUCUAUACCACAGAAGCAGAGCAAGAGAAUGAUAAUCUCGUCGAUCUCGUCGCGGUAAUGUCAAUUGAUCUCCAAGUCAACCUCCGAAGUAUCAACAUGGCCGACAAGCCGCUCGAGAUUCUCGUCAUAGGUCUGGGCGCCGUCGGAACGAUUUACUCUUAUAUCCUUUCGGAGAGCAAGCGAGCUCGCGUCACGGCGAUUGCGAGAUCAUCCUACCCCGUCAUUGCCGAAAGAGGCAUAGACAUCCAUUCUGACAAGUUUGGCGAGAUACCGCAUUGGAAGCCCUACAGAAUCGUUUCCUCCUCAAAUGAAGCGGCGGACAGAGCGUAUGACUUUAUCAUCUGCACUUUCAAGGCUUUGCCCGAUGUCAUCCCUACAGCCGAGCUUCUGGCCCCUUUCAUGCCAUCAUCAGCAGAUAAUGCUUCUGCGACAGGCGCAGGAGCGCCUACCGUCGUCCUCAUCCAGAACGGCAUCGGUAUCGAGAAGCCGGUUCAGGCGUCGUUCCCCGGCAUCAUCAUCAUCAGUGUCGUCGCUUGGAUCGGCGCCAACGUGCUCGACAAGGGGGCCACUGUAGAGCAUGGCAUGCUCGAGAAACUCGUCAUUGGCUACUACCAGGGCGAGGAGAGGAUACACAAUUCUGCCUCCGUCACUCAUCUCGACGGUGGCGCGCCCAGUGGCAGCUCUCCCUCCCCUCAUGCACCCACGACAGCCUCGGAAACGCCUUCCUCCUCAUCCACUGCCGGUACAGGUUCAGGCACAGGUGCAGGGCCUGGACGGACAGAUUCUGCGCCCAUUGCCUCGCAAUUCACUCCGGACCGCGUCGAACAAGGCGAAGCAAGGCUGAGAGAGUUUGCUAGCCUGCUCGAAGCAGGCGGGGGUCAAGUGGAGAUAGCAAAAGAUAUUCAGGCUCAACGAUGGCAGAAGAACCUCUGGAAUUCAGCUUGGUCGACCCUCUGUGCUCUUGGUCGAUGUACUGUCUCUGAAGCUUGCGCUCCCGAAGUCCUCCCACAUACAUUGCCCGUUGUUCGAAGAACGAUGCUGGAGGUUAUGUAUGUUGCGCGAGCCAUGGGAAUCACCGAGCGAGAUAUGCCGGCUGAUACUAUCGAUGCGACGAUCAAGCUCACCGUGCGCAAUUACCAAAUCAAACGUGAUCCGACGACGCCCGGUACACCAGGCGCUGGGCUUGGGGCGCAAGACAGCUUUAAGCUGGAAGAAGGUGCAAGCCCGCCCAACAAGGGCUUUAAGCCAAGCAUGCUUCUCGAUCUAGAAUAUGGCAGGCCGAUGGAGCUGGAGCCAAUCGUCGGAGCAGUGCUCGAUCGAGCAAGAAGCAAGGGUGUAGAGACCCCUCGACUCGAUCUCAUCUACAGCGCACUGAAAAUCAGUCAGGAAGCAGCGAUACGCAAGCGUGGGCACGAGACGAGUGAGCAUGCAAUACAGUGGGCUAUGCGCAAGCCUGCAGUGGGCGGUGCAGCAACAUCAUCCGAUGCCUGGCAGAAGGAGGUCAAGAGAGGACAGAGACUUCAAAAGAUGAAUCAGCCGCCCGUGCGUGCCGUCAAGGUCACAGGUAGACCGGUCGCGCGUUCAGAGGCAGAAGUCGGCGGCGCAGAUCAAGAUAAUCCUCCCAAGCAGGGCGAGUCGGCGGCAUCAAAGCACUAUGGAGGCGCGGCGCUAGACUAG